ACAACAUGGCUGUCGCCGGCUCCGAUCGAAAUUUACCAUGUGACGAUUUUAUGCAAUUCCAGACAAAACUCAAACAGCUCCGUUUAAUAGAUGAUAGGAUUGCAAAUGCUUUGAACAGGACUGUGCCAACUGCUUCUUUUGCUGGGAAUGUGGAUGCAAAGGAGACGUGCAAGGGCUUGUACCAUAAUAUGACAGAGGCAUACGGACAGAGGGAGGCUGCCAUUAAAGUUUGUAUCAAAUCUCAGGAUCAAAUAAUUACGAAACUUAGGGGAGAACGUGAUGCAUUCAGGCAGAAGGAUCAAGAUAAUUUUGAACUAGAAAGGAAACUUAGGGGUGAACAGACCAAGCUUAGAUUAAUGCAGUCAGAAUUACAAGUAGAAGGUAUUCUUAGGAAGAGUUCACUAAAGGUAUACUAUGAAAGGUGCCGGGAUUAUCAUAAGCCAGAUGAGAAUUUAUCCUGACAACCGAGGUCUCUAGUGUUAUUUUUGUAACGAACAUGGAACCGUGGUCACUAAAUAUGAUGUGAUAGACUGAUAGGACUUAUAAUUUUGUGGCAAAAUCUCACAAUUUGGGAUUAUGUAACAUUGCAAAUGUUACAGAUAUAAAGUAUUAUAUGUUUAGUAGAAUGUUCCUGUCAUGCUGCUGGUGGCGUUGGGGAUCCAAGUUCAUCCCUCAUUUAGAAGCACAUUUGGCCUAGAUUUAACUGAAGAUCUAAGGCUUUUCAAAAGUGAACUUUGAACCCUGGGUGUUACUGAUGUAUUGUCAUGGUUCUGUCGGACUUAAAUAAAUAUACCAAGUUUUCUAGUACAUGUCCAUGUAGCCUUGGUUUGAUAUGAAACGUGUGAAAAAUAAAUAUUUUUUACAACUUA